AUGGACCUCAUACGCCGCAGAUCAGCUCCUCGAACCAACUCGUUGGAGAGUGCGCAAGAAAAGGGGGCGACCGUCGAGACAGUCGAAGAGGUCAAAAUUAAUCCUCCUCGGAAAUUUAGCACGAAAUGGAUGAGGCAGACGUGGGACAAUGCGGUCGAACGCGGAAAGUGGCCAAGGAUUGGAUACAUCGCGUUAGGUCUAGUCAUUGUGGCGGCGUGGACGGCUAUCAUGGUUGGUUUCGCUCACGAUGAAGUCUUUUGGGCAACAGUGAAUAUGGAAGGGAGUGCAGGGGGAAAGUCUGUCAACAAGUCUGAGCACGACCUCUACAUAAAAGGAACACUCAAACGGUUUGACCCUGUAGAGCGUAACCUUCGUAUCUCGUGGUCGAUGGUAUAUGUCGGAAACGACAACAAGACUUUCCUCCCACUAGGCGACAGGAAUGAGAGUGCAACUCUCAACGUCUACCGUGAUGUCAAUGCCACAAAGGAGGAUAGGCCAAUACCAGAGCAGUACCAGGAGUUCCAGAAUAGCUUAUGGCGUGUGGACAAUAUUACACUUGCCCCAAUAGCUGUUCUCGGAAUGCACACAAGCGACUCGGUGGAUACACAAAUUGAUUUCACACAAGCGGAACCUGGUUCACCAUGGCGACAACCACUGUAUGGGUAUCCGUUUGACGUUUGGACAGGGUCCAUCACAUUUGUCUUUACAGAUAGAAUUUUUGCUGGAGAGCUUAACCUCACUAAUUCGGCUGUUGUUGCUGUCCAGGAGCAGUCCUUGCUGACAGUACUUGUACUGAAUUGGCGGAUCAGCUAUACGGACAAGCUGAACUGUGACGUUGACGAUCCCGGAUGCGAACUGCAAAUCGACUUUACAGGACGCCGCCCGGGGCUCGUCAUUUUCGCAACCAUUAUCGCCGUGAUUGUCAAUUGGCUUACCACGAUCGGUAUCUUCUUCCUUACAGCGGAGGCGGUUAUUAUGCGUCGCUACUAUAUUAUCUCGGAUACGGACCUUCUCGGUGUCGCUGUCACAGGCAUCUUCGCGCUUCCAGGUCUGCGCGCCAUUUUGCCAGGAGCUCCCGACUUUGGUGCGAUUAUUGACUUGAUCGGAAUCUUGCCAAACGUUGGUCAUCAUCGUUUCUUUGUGCACGGUUACUAUUGCGGUCUCCAAGGUCUUCAAGAGGAGGCCGAAUAA